AUGGUAGACGAGGCGAUCAAGAGAGCCACCCGAAGCAAGGGACCCAAAUCGACCCCGACAUCGACACCGGCCGCGACGACAGAGGGACAUCCUGCCGCAACGUUAGAAGGAAACUUAAGUGAUCCAAACGCUUUAGAAAACGCAACGAGACCGGCGUCAUCAAUGGCAACGGACGGGAACCGUCAGGCGUUAGAGUUAGAUUCGGAAAGCGAUGACAGUGAAGCUUUCAAAGAAAUUCCAGACCAGAACACUUCAGAGCGUCCUAGUAACCUCUCAAAAUACAAAGGAAUAUGUUCAAAUGUUCCGAAGAUCAUCACGACAGGCGAAGUAUCUGUGACCGUGAACGAUCCCGACCAGGUCGACGCUUUAAUCGACAACGAAGACACAUCUACCCCUCAACAAACAAGCACGGUUGCAACCUUAAAGCCUCAGGCAGUCAAGUCGGACAAGGCAAUACUCUGGGAUAAGAUCGCAGAUGCCGUUGCUGCAAACGAUAAGACGAACGCCGAUUUUUUCAUCCGCUUAUAUUCGCAAAUAGACGACUCCGCCCACAGUUUAAAACCAGACAUCCUCCGGUCUCGUUCAUCAGACGCAGGGAAUCCCCUUAUAGCCCCAUCCUCCUCAAAGAAGACACCAGAUAAAACAUCUAUCAUCUUCGUCAGAGGCUCUUUACCAAAACACUUCGAUGUCGGCUUUACUCCUUAUUUCGACAAGAAUAUUAGAGAAUUAAGGGGCCCGAUUCCCUUGACCAUUUUUGACAAGAAAUGGCAAGAAGAAGCCAUUCAAUAUCAUACAAACAAGAGAUCGAAAGGCGACGAAAAGGAAGGAAGUUACACUGGUUUCGAGUAUCCGAACGAGUGGACCCAAACAUUCGCGAAGUGGACGGCAAACCAUCGCAAUUUCCACGUGAUUUUCAGAGACCUGUACAACUACCCGGAUUUCGCGGAAUGGAUUCUAGAACAUAAGGCAAAUGUUGACCGAAUCAUCGCUGAAGAUGGCUUUCUAGUCGGUUUCCGAUACGACCUGAUCAUUAGGCAGAAUGCCUUCUCCUACCAGGUAGAGACCGAACAGGGCAUAUCUGCGGUAGACAUAUCCAUCUUCAGGAAGGAUGUCAAACGGGAGGCGUGGAAGGUGACAAGAAACCUAGACGAACUCGAGUUUUCUGAUAACCCUUACGCGAAAGACGGACCCAAAUUCAACUUUGACCCGAAGACCGGAAAACCAAAAAUUGCUAAAGGUAGAACCGUCGACGAACCAUCACAUCAAGUCGAUAAUAGGAGCUCAAGAGGCCGAGGCAACUUCAGGCAAGGCAGGGGCUCAGACAGAUUCCAUCAAGAAAGACGAAAUUCGGACUACGGAAACUAUCGCGACGAUUCCUAUGGACACGAUCAAUCAGGUGGCAUGAAUAAACGUCCGAGGGAAUUUUAUCAGCAAGAAGAUUACUCGCAAGGAAGACAUGAUUACUACACCCAACGUGGAGGGUAUGAUCAGAGGGGAGGUUUUGGGAAAGACAGACCCGCUUUUAACAAAGGGAACUCUUCUAAGCCCCCGGCCAAGAAUGAAAUGUCUAAAGGGAAGGGAAACGAUAAUUUGUAG